AUGCCCCGUCUAGACGGCAAAGUCGCCAUUGUUACCGGAGGAAGUUCCGGCUUCGGCGCGGCGAUCGCGCGCCGCUUCCACCAAGAAGGCGCCCAGGUGAUCAUCGCGGACAUCAACGCCGCGGCCGGGGCGGAGCUGGCAGCCACGGCGCCGACGGCGCUGCAUUUCGAGCGGGUCGAUGUGACGGUCGCGGCGGACUGGGCGCGGGUGGUGGCGGUGGCGGUGCAGAAGUUCGGGCGCGUGGAUGUCUUGGUCAAUAAUGCGGGGACGACGUAUCGGAAUAAGCCAACGGUCGAGGUCACCGAGGCCGAGUGGGAGCGGGUGUUCACGGUCAACGUGAAGAGUAUCUUUCUCGGGAGCCAGGUGUUUGUGAAGCGGCUGCUGGAGCAAGGGGGCGGGGGUCAGCCGCGGCCGGGGUUGGUGUGGUAUAAUGCGUCCAAGGGGGCGGUUUCGAACGCAACCAAAGGUCUCGCGGCCGAGUAUGGUCCGCACAAUAUCCGGGUCAACACCGUCUCGCCGUUGCUGUCGGGGACCGGGUUGUUCUCCUUGUUCACCGGCAUGGACGAUACGCCCGAGAACCGGGACAAGUUCAUCGAGAAUGUGCCCUUGGGACGGCUGACGGAGGUGGACGACGUCGCCAACAUGUGCGUGUAUCUCGCGAGUGACGAGGGGAGCUUCGUCAAUGGGGCGGAGAUGAUUAUCGAUGGAGGCAAGUGUAUUUGA